AUGGGAGACAACAUCUCGCAACCUGUGACCUACCAGGAGCUGAGUUCGGACCACUAUCCGGUGGUAGCCGAUACGGUUGAUAUUAGCACCUGGAAGAUCCCUAAGCAUCUACCGUUGGCAGAUCCUCAAUUCAACGUGAGUCACGGCAUUGACCUCAUCGUUGGUGCCGAGUUGUUCUCGAUCCUACUGCAAGCAGAGCAAAUUUCGUUCAAUGACCACCUCCCGGUUCUACAGAAAACCAGCCUUGGAUACAUCUUUUCUGGCAAAGUUCCUACGAGCACACCCGCUCAAAUUACGUGUCUAGUGUCUACUCUUGACAGCCUAGACGCCCAAGUGAAGAGAUUCUGGGAAGUGGAAGACUUCGACCACGGCAAGACUUUCACGGCCGAAGAACAACGAUGUGAAGCUCACUUUGCCAAAACUCACACCCGCAACGCUGAGGGACACUAUGUGGUCCAUCUACCAGUUCGCCAAGAGAUGUUACCUCUCAUCGGGGAGACAUGGCCAAUGGCCGCUCGACGAUUCACCGCUGUGGAGAAACGCUUUCGGACCGAUGAUGCUCUUCGUACAAGCUACGUGCAGUUCAUGGACGAGUACCAACAACUCGGCCAUAUGGAGGAGGUGAAGACGCGCGUCGCGUUGCCCCAGUUUUUCUUGCCCCAUCACGCAAUUCAUCGUCCCGAUUCGUCUACAACCAAGAUAAGAGUCGUGUUCGAUGGCUCGGCCAAAAGCAGCAAUCAGCUCUCCUUGAACGACCUUCUGUUAACAGGACCAACAGUUCAGCCUUCAAUGUUGUGCAUCGUCAUCAACUCUCGUUUCCACCGAUUUGUCAUGAAAGCAGACGUGGAGAAAAUGUAUCGUCAGGCUUUGGUACAUCCGGACGAUCGACUACUACAGCAAGUUGCUUGGCGCAGAAAGGAGUCAGAGCCACUGAAAACCUACUGUUUGAACACCGUCACCUACGGCACAUCCCGGGCAACCCGGGUCCUAAAUCAGUUAGCUGACGAUGAAGGGCAUGACUUUCCACUGGCUGCCUCCAUUGUCAAGAAGGACUUUUAUGUUGACGAUGUCUUGACAGGAGCCGACAGCAUCGAAACACUAGUCGACACAAGCACCCAACUGGACGGCCUCCUAAAGAGAGGUGGUUUCAAUCUGCGCAAGUGGAGCGCGAACCAUCCUAGUAUCCUGGAACACUUUCCAGACGACCUCAAGGAGAAUCAACCGUCUCUAGAACUUGAUCGCACCUCAUCCAUCAAAACACUUGGUCUCUUAUGGUCCCCGGAAAACGACGAUUUUGCGUUCAAAGUUCCUGAUCUUCCACAACUACAACGAGUUACAAAACGCAUUGUCCUGUCGGAGAUGUCGCAGCUUUUUGACCCUUUGGGUCUCAUCGGUCCAGUAGUCGCCAGUGCGAAGAUGUUCGUUCAGCGGCUAUGGCAAGAGCAACUGAAUUGGGACGAUGGACUUCCGGAGACUCUUCAAUCUUGGUGGCUGUCCUUUCGAGAAUCGGUUGGUGUCAUCCGAGAUCUUCGUAUACCACGAUGGGUAUUCAGAGAUGAUGCAGUAAGGUACGAGCUGCACUGCUUUGUCGACGCUUCUUCGAAAGGAUACGGAGCAUGUAUCUACGUAGUAUCGCAAGGGCCGACUGCCACGCGAACAAGCAAUCUCCUCAUAGCGAAAUCCCGGGUCGCUCCAAUCAGUGGCUAUUCCACGCCACGCUUGGAACUCUGUGCAGCUGUUCUGGGAAGUCAGUUGGCUGACAGCAUCCGUAAAACCACUAAGUUUAACGCCAAAAUCACCUUCUGGUCGGACUCGACGAUCGUUUUGCACUGGAUAAAUUCCCCGCCGUCCGCGUGGAAAAUAUUCGUAUCCAAUCGAAUAGCAGAGGUCCUCAAAACCACAGAAGGCUCCCAAUGGCGGCACGUUCCAACGCUGCAAAACCCUUCCGAUCGAAUUUCUCGCGGAGUUCAUCCCGAAGACAUCAGCGAUGAUGCACUUUGGUGGCAUGGGCCACCAUACCUGCUCUCAGGACCAGAAGCCUGGCCAGAUCCAAUAGUACCAUUAACCUCGACCGACAUCCAACAACAAAUUGUCGAGCAGCGGCCGACGGUCGCACUCGUUUGUGUCACGUUCGACGAUUCGCUCAUCCAGGACUUUUCGCAACUGUCUCAUCUUCUUAAGGAAUUGCGAUAUUUACAUAACCACGUCCAAGAGUCUCUGGCUCUGCGAAAGGCAGACUUCAAGUCUCCGCUCAAGGACAUUGACGUGUGGAUUGAUGACGCAGGGCUUCUUCGUUUGAACGGCCGCCUAGCGCAAUCACCUGGCACCUUCGACAGUCGCUUUCCGAUCCUGUUACCUGCCGAUCAUCAUCUCUCAAAGUUGAUUGCCAGAUCAAUUCAUCAUCAAACUCUGCACGCUGGACCAACACAACUGCUCGCAACCAUCAAGCAGCGUUUCUGGCCGAUCCGUGGUAAAGACCUCGCUCGAAGGACAGUCCAUCGUUGCGUGACGUGUUUCCGUUGUCGUCCGAAAGCAAGCAAUCAAUAUAUGGCGCCGUUACCUGCUGCGCGCAUUACACCAUCUAAAGUCUUCGAACACACGGGGCUGGAUUACUGCGGGCCGUUUCUCGUUCGUCAACUUGCGGGAAGGGGCGCUUCGGUCAAAGUCUGGGUCGCAGUGUACGUGUGCUUCGCCGUCAAAGCCGUUGUGCUGGACAUCGUCGCCGGGAUGCCAGCUGCUGCGUGCGUCAAUUCGUUGAGGCGCUUUGUGAGUCGCGUCGGUCGCGUUCGCGUUAUACACUGCGACAACAGCACCUCGUUCGUCGGCGCGUUCCGCGAGAUAAAGGAGAUGCGACAGCAACUCGUCCAGCAGCUGAAGUCCAACGAAUGGGCUAACGAGUGCCUGGAAAAAGGUAUCGAGUUCCAGUUUAUUCCCCCUAGAGCACCGCAUUGGGAAGCUGCGGUGAAGAGCUUCAAGCACCAUCUCGUCAGGAUCAUCGGCUCAUCACCUUACCACUUUGACGAUUUUCGCACGGCUGUCGCUCAGGCGGAAAGCAUCAUGAAUUCCCGUCCUUUAACUCCACUUUCCAAUCAUCCUGAAGACCUCUCCGUGCUCACACCUGUACAUUUCCUGCUGGGUGAACCAGCCGUCUGGCUUCCCGAGCCAGACUACUCAAGCAUUCCCCUUAAUCGACUUUCCCACUUCCAGACGACACAGCGAGCCAUGAACGACUUGUGGAAGCGCUGGUCUAAAGAAUACAUCGACCUGCUGCAUCAGCGUCCAGCUAAGUGGAGGAAGAUCCCUACCGACUUCGGGGUCGGUGCUAUGGUUGUGUUGAAGACCGACAACGCUCCACCCAAACAUUGGCCUGUCGGACGCGUCGUAGCAGUCUACCCAAACAAGGACAACAUAAUACGGGUAGUGGAUGUCCGCACUCAAGCCGGAAUUCGUCGUCGUGCAACAACAGAGCUGUGUCUGCUACCGAUUGAUGACAUCCCAGGUAACACAGCAGCAGGGUUGACUGAUUCAACCCAGCUGACCGAUGAACCUUCCUCAUCUUCUGUCGGUUGA